UAAAUGUUAGUUAAUUUUGAAAAAUGAUUAUUUUUUAUUUAUUUUGUUUAUUAUCUGCCAUACAAAAUGGGUGCAUCGUUAGUGCCUAUCUUGACAUGAAUGUACCGGAUUCUAAAUAUUUCUUUAAUAAGGAGCUAUAUGGAUCCGUAUUGGACGAAAAACUGUGUGAAGAACAGAUGCAGUUUAUUCAGGCGAAUCGUUCCGAUCUAUUACUGGAAUUUUUGGACGCCGGUAUUCGAACACCAAGAGGAGUACUCACUGGAAAUCUUCUAGACUUUGGAAACUACUACCAAUGUCUAAAAAUUAAUGAAGAAGUACCAGAUUCAGUCAUAGAAGGGAAAUAUUGCCGUAUCAGUCUCCCAUUGAACCAAACAUGGCCAAGUCUUCCAACAUUACCUGAACUACCAGAUGGCUUCCCUGAAAGUUGGCCUGAAGACUGGCCUCAAAUACCACUUCCUGAAACAAACCCAAGGAGAAUGAGAUUGAAAGAGAGUGUAGUGCAGAGACUGAAAGAUUAUUAUAAUCAGACUUUUACGAGUCACGUGCUCAAUGGAGCCCAUGAAAAUGCAAGAUCUGGUGACGCUACUACUGCUUUAGCGUUUACUUUCCAGUUGGCAGUAUGCAUACCAAAGACAUGCACAACUCAUGGCGCAUUGAACGCGUUGUUCAAUACAACUGGAGAGGGUCUUAUUAACUUUGAAGAAAAAUCUUGCCGUCUUCCCGACGAUAAGGCUUGGGUGGCUGGUGACUAUGUUGCUAUUUCAAUAUUUUCCUGCUUCGGUCUCCUAGUUUUGUUGAGCACGUGCUAUGACGUAUAUCUGAAUCAACAAAAAGACCCAAAGAAGUCGAUCCCGGCGAAUAAGCUAUAUCUUGCUUUUUCCGUCAUCAAGAACACUCGUAGCCUCGUGACGUAUAAUCCAGUUCCCGGUGCCAUCGAAUGCUUGGACGGCAUCAGAUCCUUUGCUAUGAUGUGGGUCAUCGUAGGGCACACUUUUUCUACCCUCCAAGCUAGUGGGGUACUUGCAAAUCCUUUGGAUGCUUACGAAUGGAUGACUUCCUUCAAAUCCAUCUGGAUUAUGGCAGCUCCGAUCACAGUAGACACAUUCUUUUUGAUAAGUGGACUUUUACUUGUGUAUACCACUGCGGGGAAAUUGUCGAGCAUGAAAUUACUCAAGAACCUUCACCUUUUCUACCUAAAUCGCCUUCUUCGAAUGUUCCCCGUGUUGGCUGCUACCGUUCUUCUCCAAGUCUCUAUAUUCAGCCGAGUAACAGAUGGACCGUUUAUGGAUGUGGCAAUGAACAACGUACAUAGAUGCAGAGUGUACUGGUGGUCUACCUUGCUGUAUAUACAGAACUUCCUGAACCCUGAACACAUAUGCCUACCUCACACCUGGUACCUGGCUAUAGACGUCCAACUCCACAUUCUCUCGCCUCUGGUGUUAGUGUUCGUGUUGUCAGGCAAACGCAAGCUUGCCUGGGGCGGGCUCAUAGCUGCCUUGUUGGCGAUCUUAACUGCUUCCACUACUUAUAACUUUAUCAAGAAUUUCCCGGCAUCGUAUUUCGUAUAUGGACGUUCUGAGGAAGCUUUGGACUAUUUAAAUUAUUACUACGUUAACACAUUAACCAGAGCAUCUCCGUUCUUUGUUGGAUUGAUUUUCGGAUACAUAAUGCAUUUAAACCGAGGACGGAAAGUCCAAUUGUCAAGAUUCCCCUUGACUAUUAUGUGGUGUUGCUCUAUCGCGAUUAUGGUUCUGUCGGUAUAUAGUGUAUAUCCUAUCAUACAACCAACUUGGGACAAUCCAACAGCUGAGAAAAUGAUUAAUUCGUUCAUGAGGCCAGCUUGGGCCAUGGCUAUUGGGUGGAUGAUAUUUGCCUGUCAAUCUGGUUUUGGUGGACCCGUCAACUGGGCUCUGACUCUCUCUCCUUGGAAGGUGCUAGGACGUCUAUCAUAUGCUAUGUAUAUAGUGCACUAUCCUAUGAUGUUCGUCAUCCACUCUACAACAAUCGCUCCCGUAUUCUUCACUGUACAUUUUAGUCUCUUCCGUUUCCUUGCUGACUUUUCGCUGGCAGUGAUAGUAGCAUACAUUGUAACAGUUACAAUAGAUACUCCAUGUGCUAUUUUCAUCAAACACUUCAUGGGUCCAGGACCAAAGAGACCACAGGCGCCAAAAGCAGAAAAAAUUGAAGCGGUUGAAACUUACGAAAAGCGAUCAGAAGCUUGAAAUUGAUUUAAAUUUCUCCGGUGAUGUAUCACCGAGUCUACCUAUGAAGAAGCAUUGAGGAGUGUAUCAGCACCACAAGCAGUACGUUACUAUUGGACCUAGGUGGCUUUUAGAAAAUGCUAGCAAUUGCCAAUGUUUAUAAAUUAAGUUGUAAUUAGUUUUUAAGUAAUGUAAGAAGUAAGUAUAUUAAUUUAUGCGAAAGACAAUAUAAGUGAACCCAAAUAUUCUCAUAAUAAUAUUAUUAGACGUAGUUUUAAGAUGAAAUAAAUAUAUAAUUAUCUCGUAAAA